AUGGAAGUGGUGAUAGUAGCGCUGCAAGAUGGCUCUCUAGAGUCCAAGAACGCUGCCCUUAAAAAGUUCAACCAAACUUACGAGAACUACAAUGCAGACGGAGACUCAAUUCUUGUUAUUGAAACGUGUCUGGAUCUGAUAUUCGACAAUAUAGACGAAGUGUCCCUGCAACCUGAACUACUGCUCUUUUGUAAGACGAUGGUGAAGCUGAAGAAGGUGGCCGCAUGUAUGACUCCCCAGUUGUUUGUUCGGAUGUUGGAGUUGGGCCAACUCACCAAUAUUCAUGAGGACAGUGAAUUUAACGCAGUUAGUCUACAAGCAAGAAGAGCCGUUUUUAAUACGACAUACCACAACAGUUUGUGUCAGGCUGCCUGUUACGAAGCUCAAGCUGAUCUCAACCUUUUUGACGAGCUACAGACUUACAGCCUCUUCCAGGACAACGAAAGGCGGCUGAUAAGCUGCAAGAUGGCCUUCUUGUUCACGGCAGUUUCACAGCCAAUGAGAACCAGAGUUAUCGAACACAAUGCUAUUUCCAUACUUUACAAUGUAAUGGCUCUGACGAUCUAUGACGACAUGGACCCGCAUUCUGCCAAGAUAUGUCUCGGCAAAAAGAGGUCUGUGAAGCCGAACUCUCUCACUCUCUCAGAAGAUGACUUAGUGAUAUGUGCAGAUGUGUUCAUGGCAGUGUUCAAUGUGACACUACAUUGGGACAAAAACACAACCACACUGGACUGUACUAGUGACGUCAGACGGUUCAUCCACCUGAUCAAGUGUGUGUACGAUGGGCUAAACUUCUCGGAGAAGAAUGAGAAGUAUCAGACUAUGAUUACAAAGUUCCUGCCUAUAAUGAUUAACGUGUCUGCUCAGUUCCCCGAACUGUUUAUCCCUGAGGUGGAUACAAGUUUCAAAGGAACGCAGUUCAUGGGACGAGAUUUGUCAUUGCCGAAAGGACUGUUAAAGCAACUUGAAGUAGAAGGAGGUCGUAAAUCAGGUAACAAGAUGAUAAUGAUGUCGAUCCUGGCCGUCCUAAACAGACUAUCCUGUAUAAGAUCCUGUAGGAAGUACCUUAGGAAAGAGAUCUUACCUCCUCUUGGCAAGGUGACAAAAAGACCUGAGGAGGAGACCCAUCUUGUCAAAAGCAAGGUUGUGAAGCUGAUGACUCACAUUGACAACUCAAUAGCAGUACUGACAUCAGAGCUUCUCUUCAACUUGUGCAAACACAACGUUAAUAGAAUGAUUAAGUACACAGGUUACGGUAACUCAGCGGGGCUGUUCAACAGACAUGGACUCCUAGGAAUGGGAGGAGGAAGCAGGAGGGAGCAGGAGGAUAUGUCUCCUGAUGAGGACAGUGAUACGGAGGAGUACCGGGCAUCUGUAGACGUAGACCUCGUUACCGCUGGUCCUGCCAGAGAAAACACCGUUCUCAAGAACAUGACUGAGGCGGAAAAGGAAGUUGAAGCGAACAAGCUUAUCAACCUCAUCGACGACAUGCACAGAAAAGGAGUGAUCAAACCAGGAUCUGUCGGCGAAGACGGGAAAAUAAAGGAAAUGGACAUUGCUGAACAGAUAGCAAAGGUUCAACUCCCUGACAUUAAGGGAAGCUCUGACGACGAGGACGAUGAGGAGGAGGAAAAUCUGAAAUUAGACAGCAAUCACUUUUACCCGAGGAAGAAAGCGACGUGAUUUUUAACCACAGACGUGUUUAACUAGGUGAUUUCUUGUUUUAUUUCGCUGUAUAUUUCCUGAUAGCCACGUGAGUGCCUAAAGAACCUUGCGAAAUUCAUCGCAUGUUUUAGUGAAAAAUCGAGUAAAUUGAUAUCUGAAUCAGACAUAUGAUUAUUCAUUGGCGAAUAAAAUGUUCCCAAAAAUAAUAAUUAUAUGACGUAAUUUUAAAAUUGUCAAAUUAGAUGACACCACCGGAAAUAAGAGGAAAUUUUGAUGUACCUAAAGUCGUGCAGCUAGCUCAGACUUAAACUGCCUAGAUUCAGGGCAUUUUUGUUGAUAAAUCUCGCAAGGAUUGCUACAAAUUAUAUAUGUAUAUAUAUUAGAUAACAAUAUGUUCAUGGGACUAUGUUUGAAAUAUUUUGAAUGCUGGUUAAAAAUUAGAUUAACUUAAAAUUGUGAACCUCCCGGAGUUUAUUUGUUGUUGUUUACGUUUAUUUGUGCAUAUAUUAUUUUUGUUAUAUCAUUAGCACUUUAUCACACCAUAACUGAGGAUUUGAUAUUCUUUUAACUUUGUCUGGUUCUGUCAGUAAGAAUCAUUUCUUAUAUAUAAGGACUGAUGUUUAAUCUUAGAUACGUAAACGCUGGUGGAAUCCUAUUGCAAUGCUAGUAUAUACAAUGUAGUAACAUUUUUGAAAGAAGAUUUUUAUUGUUAAUGCACUGCGUGUUAGGAAACCACAGAAAUUUCAGUUUGUUACAAUCCGGUUUUUAGCAGUUUUUUCGGUUCGGGUACGGCAAGCAUUUUUCCCAACCAGUGCAGAAACAUUACUAAGAAAUAAUAGUAAGAAUAUUGCCCAAAUUUCUCCUUUCCGGCAACCCUAUUUUGAGCGUGGAGUUUGUUCCCACUGUUAUUUUAACACAUUCUAAAUAAUUCCCAAACUGUGUAAUUUAAUGCCUUCCAAGAAGUUCGGUUGGGGUUGGAAAAACGUUCGAUUGUUUCCUAACUCGCGUAUAGUUUGAUGUAUAAUAGCAAGAUCGUGAUAUAACACAGCUUUGGUGUGGUAUUAUAUGUGACUAUCUGUAAUAUAUAUGAAUAUCUGAUCGCGAAUCUGAAUCAUUUGAUUAGAAGCAACGAUCUUUUGCUUUUUUGACUUUAGUUGUCUAAAGAUAUUUCUUUUUCAUCUUAUUUAUCUUAUGAUUAUUAUUUUGGAUUAAUCUGGAAUUAUAGUUUAUUAUUGAGGAUGUAGUACGAGAUUAACAUUUAAAAAUAAAUUUGAAUCAUCGCCAAUUAUUCUGAAUUCA